AUGUUGCUAGUCCACAAGAGAGGUGCCCUUUUGGCGAAUUUACCUCGACGUCAUCACACCCGCUGCUUGCCUUGCCUCCUUUCUCUAGUCUCCUCUUCGGAUCUGCCUGAUGGUCCAGUAGAUCCGUUCCUGAUCCUUCCGGUUGACCGAUUUUACUCGGUUUCAGUAGCUAUUUCUCAAGCCUUCAGUAGCACCUACAAAGUCGCCUUAUCUUCAGAGCGCCUAGGCUCUGAUUCCCAUGCGAAGAAAAGAUGGAGAUUUGAAGGUCGGUUCUACCAGAAGACGACGGUCGAUUCCUCUGGACCAGCUGUCGAUUGGCUUUACUGGAACAUUCAAGCUGACGCUGCUUCCGAGGCAAUCUCCUUCGAUUCCGGUGAAAGGGUGCUAAGCUUUCGUCCGUCAUAUGACGAGCAAGGUAUCAUCGUCAAGAAAACUCACCGACAAAUCCAAAGAAGUGGUAUAUAUAUUUCACAUCUGGCCUCUUGGAUUGACUAUAAAGUGAUUUGGUUAGUUACGGUCAUAUGUCAACUUCGAUGCAUGUGA